UUCUUAUUCUAAUAAUUCUAAGAAUAUUAUUUUCUUUAUCAGUAUGAAAUACUUGUGUAUGCUGAUUCAUAUAUUGAGAAAAGAAUUGAUCAUGGCAUACCUGAACAUGAUCAAAAUUAAUGUUUCAUACUCAGUAUUUCAUACUGAUAAAGAAAAUAAUAUUCUUAGAAUUAUUAGAAUAAGAAAAAGAGAAAUUUAAAUAUCAUUUCUCAAAAGUAGUCGAUUUUUACAUGGACUCAUAUCAUCAAAGUAUUUUGAUUUUGCUUUUUACAUAAAGCAAGAAAAUUUUUUUUAAAAUACGUUUUCUUAUACAGUUUGACGAGCUCUAUCCAACCAUAUAUAAAACAUUGAAAAAAAAGUUAUGCUCAAAUUUUGCAUUUCCCGCACCUUACAAUAAAAUAUUUUGUUUUUAGUUUUUUAAUUUUUCAAUUUUUAAUUCCUCUUAUACAAAUUUCACUUUUUUGUCUUUGUAUUGGUCGUGAUCCUCAACACAUUCCAAUGGCACUUUAUAAUAGUGAAGCAAUAAAUGGAUUUCCAACAGGAAAUUUAAGUUUACAACUUUUAAGUAAAAUAAAUCCAGAACAAAUUCAUUUUACGCAAUUUAAUGAAUUGAGUCAAGCUAUUGCUGCUGUUAAACAAGGUGAUUAUUGGGGUGUGGCUGCUAUUAGACGUAAUUUUUCCGAAGGAAUAAAAAACAAAUUAAUUUCAUUAAAAACAGACUCGGCAACAUUAAACGCAUCAUCGAUUCAUCUUUAUCUUGAUAUGACGAAUCAACAAGUGUCUUUUGUUAUGCAAAAUGUCGUAUUAAAUAGCACUCAAUUAUUUUUAAAAGAUGUUUUAUCAAGUCAUAAAGUUGAUCCAUCAUUAGCUGAUCCACCAGUUAUAAUAGAAAAUCCAAUAUAUGGAGGAAAAGUUCAAAGAUUUUUAAAUUUUGCUGCACCAGGAAUGAUGAUAUCAAUAAUAUUUUUUUUGGCAAUUGGUUUAACAGCAUUAAUAUUUGUUGUUGAAAAAAAAGAAGGUUUAUUAGAACGUAGUUGGAUUGCUGGUGUAACAACAGUUGAAGUUAUGCUUGCACAUAUUAUUGUCAAAUUUUUUAUACAAUUUAUUCAAAUUAUUUUAAUGGUUGUUUUUGCUGAUGUUAUUUUUCAAGUAACAAUUCAAGGACCUGUUUUAUUAGCAAUGGCAUUAAUUUUUAUUCAAGGUAUUUGUGGAAUGAGUUAUGGUUUAUUUAUAUCUGCUAUAUGUGAACAAGAAGUUGAAGUUAUGGAAGUAGCACUUGGAAGUGUUUUUCCCAUAUUACUUACUUCAGGUGUUAUAUGGCCAUUAGAAGGAAUGCCACCAGUUAUGCUUUUUCUUAGCAAUUUUACUCCAUUGACACAUGUUGUUGAUGCAAUGCGAUGUAUUGUUUCUCGAGCAUGGACAUUAGUUUACUUUAAAGUAUGGUUUGGAUUUGUCAUUUCUGCUGCAUGGAGUUGUGGUUUUUUUACAUUAGCUGCUAUACUCUUUGCUCUUCGGAAAUAG